CCGAUAGCCCAGACCAAAAGCUUUCUAAGCUCAAAGUGCACCGCCGUCGAGCGCACAUAGACCACAACCCUAGCCGCCUUCCUCCGUCCCAAACCUUCCGAGUCACGACACCGGACACCAUGGCCGCAUCCAACAGCGGCCCGAUUUCCGCCGAGGCGAGGGCGGCGCUUGGAGAGGCCAUCAGGCUGGUCUUCGCGCGGUGGACGACGCUGCAGGUGGCAGUGGAGAACGAGUGGGGUGGACGCGACUCCCGCGCCAAGGCCGAUCAGUUCGGCGAGUCCAUCCUUUCCUGGUUCUGUCGCUCCAAGGGUCCAUAUUUUUUCGAAGACUUGGUGGAUAUGAUGGAGGACAAAAUAGUGAAAUCCUUCAAUGCUGACUUGGACAAUAAUAGUGUUCAGGAUGUUGCUGACCAAUUAUUGUUUAUACAUGAACAAUGCCUGCAAAGCAACUAUUCUCCUAUAGAGAAGUUAAAGAAUUCACAUGUUCAGGAAAAUGAUGUUUCUCAAAGAAGACAGUGAUGAUGAUGACACGUCGACGAUGAAUGAUGAAGCUGCUGCGGCAGAAGAGACGACAAUGGACUCCAACCCUUCUCCCGAUGCCGAUGGGUGGACUGUUGUGCCUCCAAAGCGUCGUGGUCUCAGGGCUAAUUGAGUUUAGGCUUUUAGCGCAUCACUGUGGUAGACUCCCGUGCCUCCUAGGCGGGCUUUGAUUAUUUGUCAAUUGUCACUCGGGUUCAGUUGUCAUUGACUCAGGUGGUCUUUUGUGUGAAUGUACAUAAUUAAAUUAGUCAUCUUUUAAGCUACUCCAUCGGUCCUAAAAUAUAAGACUUAGGUUCUUUCAUUAGGACAAGAGUUUGACCGCGAUUACACUAUUAAUAUGAUAUUUAUGUGAACAAUA